AUGAAUUUGAAGACUCUGUUCAAAUUCUCUUGUGCCAUUGGUAUAUCUGGCGUGCAUGGGAAACCCACAUCAAGCGAGGUGAGGAUAAGCAAGUCUACUCACGACACAAAUCUGGUAAGAGAUCGUGGUUGCGCUAAUUUGAAUAGCAUGAUGUACUCAGAAACGCCGAAAGCAUUUGAUCUGGCUUAUCAGCUGUUCCUUGCUGAAAAUAAGGAAUUUGAAGUAUUCCUUGCGUACUUCAACAGAUUAAGGCUUCCGAGAAAGGAAUUGUGGUCCAAAGCGUGGAAACAGACUGCUUCUUUCCACACUAACAAUCUGGUAGAAUCGUACCAUAACCAAUGGAAGACGUUCUAUCUUGAUCAUUCUCGCUCUUUGCGUGUAGAUCGCCUAGUCUACUUGUUAUCCCAAAUGGUAGCAUUGGAUUAUUGGCAGGACAUAAUCAAAGCUGCGCAUGAUUUUGAUGGGUUUCGCUUGACAGCCAAGGAAGAAAAGAAGAGAAGAGCAGCAUACUGCAUUGACUACGACAUAGCAUGUUACAUGGUAGAACAACUCGAAGAAAAUGUUUACCAGUGCAAAUCCUUCACUGAAAACAUCCUCUUCUAUGAGAUGGAUACCAAAGAAGGCUAUCUGAAGAACUGCAGCUGUCCUGAUCGAACAAAGAUGUGCAAGCAUUUUUUUUUGGUCAGCCGCGUAACCAAGCUGCGUUUUUCUCGUCAUGCUCCUGCCCCUGUUGCGCAGUAA